AGAAGCCAUUGAUUACAUAGCAACUUCAUGGGAUGAAGUGGAUAAAUUAACAAUGGUAAAUUGUUGGAAAAAGAAGAGUAUUUUGCCACUAGUGCCGCAUGUUGAUGUUGAACUUGUGCAGCAUACAUAUUUAGAAAUAAUUGAAUAUGAGGAAAAUGAAAUAAUUAAUCUAACUGAAAAAACACUUGACGAUAUUCAAAUUGUCGAAACUGUAUUAGUGGAACAAUUAGAAUGUGAACAAGGCAAUCCAGAAGAUUCUGACGAGGAACCGCCAAAAAUCUCUGCUUCUGAAGG